AUGAACGAGGAUCAUUCUACUCCGAACCAACCUAAACAAAGCAUCGUCCAUCCCAUCCAGCUCCUCCCCACAGCGACAAAUCAGAAUCCUCCCGCCAGCCAGGGUCCCAAUACGAUGGAUCGCGAUACUUCUCUCCCCCAAGCUCCUCCCCAUGCAACGACCGUUCUCGAAGAGGGCCUGUUCCAGAACGAACGACUUGAGAAAUGGGCCAACAUCAAAGUCGGGCAACUUCUCAAGGUCGAACACCCAGAGCCUCUUUCUCUGAACGGGAACCGUACUCCAUACUACUCGCUGAUGAACAGAGUGCACGAGGGGAGCUAUGAUCCGAACGUCAAAGCCAUACUCUUCGACGGUCGUCCGGCUCCGGAAGUCUCGGUGCGCAAGGAUCUGCCGAAGCAUUUGGCAGACUUGGAGGAGCAGACUUUCCCCCCGUGGGUCAGUGUUGAAUGCAGUUCUGGGGGAGGCUGGUCUGAAGGAUGGUUGCCGUAUACGCGUCCGAGCCAGUAUACCAGAUCAUUCGCAGCGAAUCUGCUCCAUUUGGCGGCGCAAGAGUUGAAGUAUCGCAAGGAUAUUGGGAAAACAGUGGACCUUAUCAACGGCAAGAAAUCAGACGAGCCAGCAACCGUAUCCUUCGAGCAGUCGACAAAUGCCACUGGCGGGAUCUCAACACCACUCCCUCCCCGAUCCAGAUCGUCCUCAGAAGUUUCGUCCAUGUUCAAGGCGCCCGAGGAACACUGUGUCUUUUACACUUUCGCCUUGAGGACCCACCUGCACUACAAAGACUCGAUCGAGAGGCACACAGUGUAUGAGAGGGCGCUCCUGGUGGCAGACUUCAAGCGGCUGCAGGUAGAUCCUGAGCUGGAAGUGACAGAUUCAGAGUAUGAAGCGAAGGUGAGAUAUGAGAAGGGGCUAUCGCAUAUCAUCAAGCAGCUGCACCGUGCGUGGGAAAGGUUUGGGACAGUUGGACUGUUUGCGCUUGGGCCCUUCUUUUUGGGCAAUAUUGCAGUGGAGUGCAAGCCUCCAGCAGGCGUGGGACCAGAGUGUUUCGACUGGGAUGUCAACAAUCAUCAUUCGCCGGCUGCGUUCUUUGAAAAGUUUGAUCGCCACACUCUUCCUCAUACCUUUCUCCUUCCAUACUCGACCAAUCACGAGCUCGCCAAACAGCUAGGAGUUCGAGCGCCAUUACCGCUGCUAAAUCUGGAAGGCUUGCAGAUGUUCGAACAUGUCAUUAUGCGAACGUACGCGUCCGUUCCUGAGAUGUCGAUUGAAGAGGCUCUGGGCAAGCGGGCUGAUUCCUCUCAUCCUUCUACUGCUCAACCUCAGCCCGGCGAUCGGUCUCCUAUUCAAUGGUAUCUCAGCGCUCGGUGGGACGUAUCGCCGAUGGUCGAAGAGCAGGAUGUCAAGGACUUACUCGAAGCUUUCAACGCGCAUGUUUCGGGCGGUGGUGCUGGUCAGCACGAAGGAGAGAUUCCGGAGACAGGGCUGAGAGGGGGGCUGGAAAGUGAAGAGACUCAAAAGAUUGCGGGCGGGGCGCGUCGAGAAAGCGUGGAACAAUGGCUUUGCUCCCAUUCUCUGUGCACGCGAUCCAUCCCCUUCCCCACUUUCCGAAAAUCAGACACCAUUGCAUGCUGCCUCAAUUACUAUCGUGGGUUCUGA